AUGGACCGAGUCCGCGAAAUCGAGAACGAAGCAUAUAUGCUGGAAGGCAAACCGACGGAUCUUGAGGAACGAAAGCCUGUUGAUUACUUCGACCUCGCAGCCGGGACGAGCACAGGCGGCCUCAUUGCUCUGAUGCUGUUCCGGCUCGAAAUGAAAUGCAGCGACGUGAUCACACAGUACGACACCCUGGCGAAAAUGGUCUUCAGCCCGAUGUUGGGGACGAUUAAGCUCAGUGAACUGGGAGGCCUGGGGAAAUUCAUUGGGGAUAUCUGGCUUACAGUGAAGGUCCUGACUGGUCACUCUCAGUAUUCUCACAGGCCACUCGAACGAGCAAUCGAUGCCGUGGUCGGCGCAUUUCCUCUUGACGAUGACGAUCGAGCAAAGAAGGGCGAUGCUGUACUUGUCAAGCGGAGCCAGGGUCAGAUGUUCAUGUGUGCAACGCUUGCCGAUAAAGGGGAGAGUAUCCUGCUGCGCAACUACGAUCCCCCUUUUCCUGCCCUUCCGGUUUCCACAGGGGGUAGAGACCUCGAUGUCAACACAAUCACCAUCAAAGAAGCGGCUCGAGCAACGUCUGCGGCGCCUACUUAUCUAAAGCAAGCCACGAUCCAAGGUCUGAACUUCUGGGAUGGCGGUCUCCUGAACAAUAACCCCAUCGUCCAACUAUGGGACAGUCGAGACGAUCUGGUUCCGCGUGAUGCACAAUUGCCACGCAUCAAAUGCAUCGUCAGCCUGGGAACGUCCCACAAGGAGUACAAUAAACAAACGCGAGUCGGAUCGGGGAUCCAGAGGUUUCUCAACACAAUCACCAAAACGGUGGCCUUUGUAACCAAUACUGAAGCCAAACAUCGUGACUUUGAUCGGAACAUAAGACAGUACAACAGGCGGAGACCGGCCAAGGAGAUAUUCUAUUUCCGCUUCAAUGCGUCGACGGGCAAUGAGGAUAUCGAUCUGGGCGACUACCAGAAGAUUCCGAAACUAAUCGAGUACACGAACGAGUACCUGAGGAUGGCGGAGGUUGACAAGAGGAUUGACGAGUGUGCCGCUCUCCUUGCGAGUACGAAUCAGUAG